GUACUAUGGUCAUUUCAGCAGAGUAGCUCCAAAUCAAAUAAUCUAUCUGGCCACUAUUAUUAUUAUUAUUAACAUUAUUGGCUGUCUUUAAUUAAAAUUGUAAAUGAUGUAGUAGACCCAAUAGGCAUGACACAUGAUGACAAAUAUGUAAUAUAACAAGUUGUUAUGUUUGUGGGAAGGAAAUUAAAGAGUUUCUUUUCUUUCUUGUGAUUGUUGAAGUGAUCAGAGAGAUGGCAACAUUUGGAGGCACAACACAGAAGUGCAGAGCAUGUGAAAAGAAGGUGUAUUGGGUGGAACAGCUCACUGCUGACAACAAGGUCUACCAUAAAUCUUGCUUCAGAUGUCACCAUUGCAAGGGUACCCUCAAGCUGAGUAAUUAUUGUUCAUUUGAGGGAGUUCUAUACUGCAAGCCUCAUUUUGAUCAACUUUUUAAGAUGACUGGCAGCUUGGACAAAAGUUUUGAAGGUAUUAGGAUUCUUAUUUGUUUGUCUCUAAAAAUUCUGCAGGUACAAAGCAAUAGCAAGGUUUCAAGAUUGUUUGCAGGGACUCAAGAAAAGUGUGUUGGUUGCAAGAAAACAGUAUACCCUAUUGAAAAGGUGGGUGUUGAUGGGAAAUGUUACCAUAAGGGAUGCUUCAGGUGCAGCCAUGGAGGGUGUGUAAUAAGCCCAUCAAAUUAUGUGGCCCAUGAACAUCGCCUUUAUUGCAAGCACCACCAUACUCAGCUCUUCAAGCAAAAGGGUAACUUCAGCCAAUUUGACAUUCAUCAAAAUGGCCAUAGCAAUGGCCACGGGAUUUCUGAGAAUGAUAACACAAAUUCUUCUUAUGAGCAGUAAUCAUGAAACUUUGAUACAUGUACAAGCAUUAUUUUUGUCAUCUAAUGGAACUUUCAUAGUUACAAUAAUGCCCAUUUUUUUUCUGUUUUAGUUUGUUUUAUUAAAUAUGUAAUGGUAUUUGUGAGUCAAAGAUUGUAUCGAGAACUUUGAUGUUGUGAAUUU